UCAGAGGGAGGAACCUGAAAGCAGCAUCGGCACUGCAGCCGCUGUCUGACGAUGGUAGACUGGGAGAGACGGAUGGUCAGGGCCGCCCCCGUCUAACCUGAACAUGCAUGUGUGACCUGCUUCAUGUCCGUUUCUAGUCCGGGACCGGGGUGAAACGCGUGUUUGGCUUCAGCUCGUCACGUCACGGCGACUUAUUUAAAGAAUGGAGGACGAAUGUGUUUGUGAGUACGACUCGACAUGGGACACGGAGAGUGAUGGAGACGACCCGGCUGGAGAGAGCCAAACCCGGCGGUCUAGUCAAGACAAAAACAAAUCUGGGUGGACUUUGUGGCAUCACACGCCCAGAAACAUGAGGGCAGCAAAGGACAUGCAGAACUACAGAAGAGGAUACCCAAAUCUUACAGAUGAAGAGUGCUCGGAAGACAAAAUGAACAAUUUGCAGUUUUAUCUCAAUAAAUUUCCCUCUGCUCCUGAUGAUGUCUACAUUGAGUCAUUUCUGAAGGAUUGGAAAAACGACUACAAACGACUAGAAAGGGUUCACUCUUACAUUCAGUGGCUGUUUCCACUGCGAGAACCGGGGGUUAAUUACAUGGCUUCAGAACUCACCAAGAAGGAAAUUGAGGCCUUUAAGAAAAACGAUGAGGCCAAAAAGAGACUAGUGGAAUCCUAUGAACUCAUGCUGGGCUUCUAUGGCAUCCGUUUGGUCAACAAAGAGACUGGUGACGUAAAACGAGCAGAAAAUUGGAAGGAGCGCUUUGGAAAUCUUGAGCGGAAUAUGCACAACAACCUGCGCAUCACUCGCAUCCUGAAGAGUCUUGGGGAGCUGGGAUUCGAGCAUUAUCAGGCCCCGCUAGUGCAUUUCUUUCUGGAAGAGACGCUGAUCAAGAAAACCCUUAGCAGUGUUAAACGAAGCGUGCUCGACUAUUUCGUGUUCGCAGUGCUGGACAAGCAGAAGCGCCAGGAACUUGUGCGCUUUGCCUACCUUCAGUUUGAGCCAAAGGACAAGUUUGUGUGGUGUCCCAGAAAGAUUCAGAAACAAUUCAGGAAGGCGGAGAAAAGACUGGACGCCAUUGGUAAUGGAGACGGGAAGGAUGACGUGUAUUUAAAGGGUAAAAGCAAAGACGGAGAGGCAGUUGUGCAACAAAAAGAGGACGGGUCGGCAGACGGUACAGCAAAGGCUCAGAAAGGAACUGAUAAAACGAGUAAAGACAAAAACAAACUCUCUGAGACGUCUGACGAGCUGAAACCAGAAUCUGAGACUGUCACAAAUGGUGCAGAGGCUGAGUUUGAUCAUGAAAUUGUGGGGAAUGGAAAUGACUCGACAGAUGAUGAUGAAGAUGGCGGUGAUGAUGAAGAAGAAAUGGAUCAGUCGCCUACUCCUGACACUGUGCCGGUAAACACCGGUGCUGCAAAGAGUGAGCACAAAUUGACCCACGACUCGGACGAUGGCAUCCAGGAAGCUGACAACAGAAUGCAAACCGAUGUCGACACAGACACUGAAAAACCACAGAAGAAGAAGAGGGAGGAAGAUGACGAGAUGCCGCCAAGCAACGGCUCUGCCGAAGACUCUGAGGCCAAUGGGCACAUGGACGACAAAAGCAGUGCUGCUACGAAAGCCCCCGUUGAAACAAUCCCGUCAGCACAAACCCCUCCAAAGACUUCAAAACACUCGCCUGUUCAUUCUUCUGGAAGAGAGGAAAAAAUCCCAAGGACUGACUUCAAUCAAGUGCCAGAUACAAAGGAAGAAGAUGAGGACAUGUCGCAGGAAAGUGUGUCCACAACAAAUGGGUCGCUGACAAAAAACGGCAGAGUGGUGGAUGAAUAGACUUGGAGGAUGUUGAUCUCACGUCAAAAAAAAACUCUCAGACCAAAAUGGGUCUUGAUAUUAAGUUAAAGAGUAUGACUUUCUGAGCCUUAUUUCUACUGUAUUUGAUGUAUUUUAAUAUUUUCAAUUUGAAGGAGUUUAUGGACUGAUUCAUUCGUCAGACUUGAUGUGACACGAGGCCGUCGGAUAUUAAAGAUCAAGCCUGGUGAUAUUAUAUCGCAGCAAAUCCCAUGAAAAGACAAAAAAGCAAAGUUACUUUCAAACUCCCAUAAUACUGUCUAAUCCUUAAAAAACAGGGCAGAUGUAUAUUUUUUUAAAUACUCUCUGUUGUAGUUUUACAAGUGUUAUUUCAAACUUCUUUGUAGACUGAUUUGGGAGCAUGUGCAGCGGUAUUGAUUUAAAAAACAAUGAUUUAAAACUUAAGUGCCCUUUUUUUCCUUUUCUUUAUUUUGAUACAGAAGAACAUGUGACCCAGUGCAACCCUGUGGCUCAUUUAUUUCCGCAAUAUUUUACGGACAACACUGAAAAAAAGGGCACAGAGGAAUAAGCUGACGUCAGGCUUUGACAACAAAGAUUGUUCUCUGUAAGUUGCAUAAAUUGCUUUCAUGGGAUUUGUUGAGCAUAAGAAAAAAAUGUACAGUAUUACCAGACUUUUCCUUUAAGGGAGAAAAGACCAAUGCUGUCGGCAACUGAUAUUUAUUAUCUCCAUAGAAUACAUAGAGCACUAUUAUUGAUCUGUGUCAGUGAAAUGAUGAUUUAAGAGUUUUUAAAAGCUUAAUACUUUAAAGUUGAACAGUUAGGUUUUUUUUUUUUGCACUGAGAAAUAAUUGGAAGAAUUGUUUUUCUUUUUUAUUUCCUUUUUUUUGUCCUGUAAGUAAAAAUGACAUGAACUGGACCCAGCUGUUCAAACCGAUUUAAGACUGAAUGUCACUCAAGUUAAAUGUUGCACAGCUGUGUGGAAACGCACAGAUUUGGGAAGUAGACUUAUGAACAACUGCCAAAAAAGAGAGAAAAGACUGAUUGAUUGUACGGUGUGUGUGUGUGUGUGUGUGUGUUAUUGGCAGAACUGAUAAAAGCUUUGUCUAUGAUUUAAUAUUCACUGUUUGUUAGUUGAGACAGCUGCAGACAGUGAAUAUUUACAAGCCAGGGCAGUUACAGUGAUGCAUCUUUUUAUAUUUGCACUUAAUUUUGAAUAACAAUGUUGAAGUUAAUGGUAUUUACAUAUUGAAAUGGUAAUAACUUUACAAAAAAAACAAGCUGAAUCCUUUAUAAAUUUAACUUUUCCCCCCUAAGUAUAAAUACCUGGCUGUUGACAAAGCAGAAUAAAGUUAUACUAUUUUCUCA